AAUAUUAAUAUUUAUAUUUGUUUUAGUUUACAUGUGUGUGUUCAACAAGGUGGCGAAUCCAAGAGAUGAAUUUUAUCCCAAAAAAAGGGGUGAAAUUAUAAAUAAUGUAAAUUCCGAGCUUUUCGAUCAUGGCGGCGGCCGUGAGAAUCGGGUAUUGGAUUCUCUGGUUUCUCCUAUGUUUUCUGGCUUCAACAGAGAGCAAGAAAUGUCGGCUAUGGUGUCGGCUCUUGCUCAUGUCGUCGCCGGAGAUGAAGGCGGAGCAGCCGCUGCUGCCGCCGUCGGCGGCUCUUCUUCUUCUUCGUCUGCAUGCAAGAGGCGGCGCGAUGAAGAGCCGAAUACUCAGUACUAUUCCGAGAAGUCUGUUGCCAGAGUUUGCAGGCCGCCGCCGCCGCCGUAUGCUGAUUCCUCCAUCGGAAGUUCCAACUUCAGACAAGAAGGUGGUGGUUCAACAAGCAUGGUAAGAACAAGUAUAAUAACAUCAACAGAAGCAUCAGCAGUUUACACAUAUACCCCCACAUUAUAUCAUCAUCCUCAACAAAACUCCAUUAAUAACAACGAAUCGCCACCGGCAUCGAGAAUCAACACCCGAAGGUACAGAGGUGUGAGGCAGAGGCCGUGGGGCAAAUGGGCGGCGGAGAUACGAGACCCUUACAAAGCCGCCAGAGUUUGGCUCGGCACCUUCGACACCGCCGAGGCUGCUGCGGCCGCCUACGAUGAGGCGGCACUACGUUUCCGUGGCAACAAAGCUAAGCUCAACUUCCCUGAGAAUGUCAAACUCCUCCACCACCCCCACCCUCCUUCGGAGGCCGCGGCGGGGCCCGUUGUUCGUGGCGGAGGAGAUGGUGGUGAUGAUCGGUUUCAAUGGCUGAGAUCGGAUUUCGAGAGGCAGCUGUACAAUGUCGGAUAUGAUUAUAAUAAUAGUAAUAAUGGAUCGUUAUCGAGUUCAGAGAUGAUGACUCCUCCUUCUUCAUCGGGAGUUGUGAUGACUCUUGAUGAUAUACAGAGGCAGGAUGGAUUGAUAUCAACAAUGCAAUAUCCGCCACCGGAGACUUCUUAUCCCUUAUAUUAUCCGGCGGCUCAGCCGCCUGAGAUCGAUUUCCGGCCGGAGGGCAGUCACAGCAGUGGAGGUGGAGGCGGAGGUGAUUUUUCUUGGACAGAUUCUGGUCAUCAGACUUCGUCUGGAUGAUCAAUCACCACUUCGCAGGAUCAAGAAUCCUUUUUUUUCUUUUUCUUUUUUAAAUUUAAUUGAAGAAAAGAUGGAAGUUUUCGAUUUUUCUAUACGUUUUCGAUUCACAAGGGUAGGUUCUUGAGCAUUGCUCACCUUUCCCAUUAAGCAGUUGAGAUUACUGAUGAAUUUAUCAUUUAAAAGCCAAGGAAUAAUAAAGAGAAUGAUUUUUUAA